AUGCCAGAAACAUCCGGUGAGAUUGUGAGAUGUGAAGAGGACCAAAUUCAGCCACAACGUGACAGGAUCAAACAGCCACCUCCUCCUCCUCCUCCACCUCCUCCUCCUUACACUAGGGACGUGGUGUCACCGCCCGCCACAGGACGUCAGUGUUGGGGCUCUAUGGAAGGCAUUAGGCAGAAGCAGCAGAGGCCAUCGGUGCUGCGUCAAGUUUCCCAAACAGCUUCCAGGAGACAACACGCAGAUCAUCAGCAGAUCAAAGGCCUACAUCAGCGCUUUCUUCCCCUAGUACAUCCAGAUAGCAGUGCUGCCGUCUCCGUUUGCAAGGAAGAGGUGGAUACGGGCCGUCUUCCCCAGUCCUCUUCACCACACAUGGGCUCCUCUACCAGGCAAAGCCACCUCUUCUUCCCCUUAAGGAGAGACAGGCCAAAGCAGAGCUCCAUUGAGACCAGGCUUCAUGACAGCAUCCCUGAGGGCACCAGUGCUCUGUUUGUGAGUGGCCUCUGCCGCUGGCCUGGCUGUGAAGCAGCAUCUGAAGAUUUCCCUAGCUUCCUAAAGCAUCUCCAUUCUGAGCACAGUCAUGGUGACCGAAGCAUUGCUCAGUGGAGGGUCCAACAAGAUAUUGUUCAGUGCAUGGAGAGUCAGCUUAUACUGGAAAAACAGAAACUCAUUGCGAUGCAGCUUCAUCUUCACCUCUCUGAACACAAGUGCCCUGAUUUGAAGGCAGCAUCUGAGUGGCCGUACAGCCUUCCUCUGUUCCUGCCGAAGCCUCCAGUAGAUGGCGACAGAGUGCAGCAGUGGGGCAUUAAACAUCUGGAGGAGCUGUCCCAACAUGGCUACAGAGCUGCUGGCUCUGCCCACCUUCUGCCAGAUUUGGUCCCCAGUAUCGAAUGUUACAAAUACAACAACAUCCGGCCUCCGUACACCUACGCCUACCUGAUAAGAUGGUCCAUCCUGGAGUCUCCAGACAAACAACGCACUCUGAACGAGAUUUACAACUGGUUCACGACCAUGUUCUUCUAUUUCAGACACAACACUGCUACCUGGAAGAAUGCAGUGCGGCACAACCUCAGCCUGCACAAGUGUUUUGUGCGAGUGGAGGGAGGAAAGGGAGCUGUGUGGACCGUGGAUGAGAUGGAGUACCAGAGAAGGAAAGGCCAGAAGUAUCACAGGAGAUAA